AAAACUGAAAGUGAUGUCUGUCAUGGCAGCCAAAGACCCGCCACCGAGAGCAUGGCCCACGUCGAAACCAUGGUCCCGCCUACAUGUGGAUUUUGCUGGGCCGAUAGGAGGUAUAUACUACUUGGUUCUCGUGGACUCUUACUCAAAAUGGCCGGAGGUAGUACAAGUGACACCACCUUCUAGCAGCAGAACAGUAUCAGUCCUGGAAAAGAUCUUCGCAUGUCACGGUAUACCAGAAAUCAUCGUAUCUGACAAUGGCAGUCAGUUCACCUCACAAGCGUUCCAGGAAUUUUGCAAGAGAAACGGUAUACAACACGUGCGGUCGCCACCUUAUCACCCUCAAUCCAACGGUCAGGCAGAAAGAUUUGUCGACACUUUCAAACGAGCGUUGUUGAAAGCAGGGGGAGGGGCGAAACCGGAAGCAAUACAAAACUUUCUUUUUGUAUACCGAACUACACCACUGGCAGAACAGAAGAAAAGCCCUGCAGAACUUCUAAUGGGUCGAAUGCUACGAACUCAUCACCACUCCAUGUUACCAUCUUCGUCACAUCAACGAAGAAAUAGUGUGACGUAUUACCGCAAGGGUGAUGCUGUCUAUGUGCGCGAUUAUCGACCGAGGAACAGAAAAUGGGCCGAAGGCUUGAUAGAACGUCGACAUGGAACUCUAAUGUACAAGGUUAAAGUUGGGGAUGAAUGGUGGAUUAGACAUAAAAAUCAGAUACGACGUCGAUAUACUACAUCCCAAGAACCUAAAUUGCCACUGGAAUUACUACUGGA